CCCAACUAGAGAGGUAGAAAAAGGAAACCGAUUUCGAAAUUUUCGCCGCCUCCGUCGCUUCGAUCUCUCUCUUUCUUCCUCAUCACUUCCUCUCCUCUUUUAAGUGUCCGCCUUCUUGUUGAAGAGGAAGCUGAUCUUCUGAUAUCAAGUUUUUUUACGGAUCUCCAAAUCUUUUGAUUCGAGAAGAUGCUUCCUCUUUCGCUGCUCAAGACUGCUCAAGGGCAUCCCAUGCUUGUGGAGCUCAAGAAUGGAGAGACCUACAAUGGGCAUUUAGUGAAUUGUGAUACGUGGAUGAACAUCCACCUGCGUGAAGUCAUCUGCACAUCAAAGGACGGAGACAGAUUUUGGAGGAUGCCGGAGUGUUACAUCCGUGGUAACACGAUCAAAUACCUUCGAGUUCCUGAUGAGGUGAUUGAUAAAGUUCAGGAGGAGAAGACCCGCACAGAUAGAAAACCACCAGGUGUUGGACGUGGAAGAGGACGUGGUAUGGAUGAUGGAGGCGCCAGAGGGCGCGGCCGAGGAGCUUCAAUGGCGAAGAUGAGCGGCAACAGAGGAGCAGGUCGUGGCCGUGGUUGAUGCAACAUCUAUCUGUUUAUUUGGCUGGAACCAAUCGCUUCUGCUUGUCUUGCUACUGGCUACACUCGCAUUUUAAGAGUUCUUAUGUCUUUGAUUUCACUUUGAGCUGAAUAUAUAAAAUUAAUCACAAUGAGCUGAAUAUAUAAAUUUGAGAUUUUAUAUGCUUUUCUCCUGUCAGUUUUAAUUUCUUAGAGUUCUUUGAUAUACACUUUUGAUU